UACAUUACUUUCAAUUAUUAUUAUUAUUAUUGUUGUUACAAUUAUUUUUAUUAUUAUAAUUUUCAUCAUUAUCGUUUUGCUGCAUCGGACUACCGCAGUUAAAUUGUGUUUUCGUCGUUACGAGUAGCAGGUGAUUUUAAACGUUUUUACGCGUCUUACAUUUUUUUUAUUUGUUUUUCAAAUCAUUGACAUUUAAAUAAUAUUUGCUAGUUUUUUUUAUCGUUUAAAUAAUUUAUCGUUUCCGUGUCCGGCGUGUACAAACUGUAACGACACCGCCAGCAGUAUCGACGAGAGUUGACCGGUGCCCGGCGGUGUAGGUGCAGCCCUACCCCGACGAGAUGGGUUUCCGCGAUGGCGACGAAUCCGAAAAUGCCGCCGCAUUCGGUUCGUAGUGUUCGCGGAAAAUAACAGCAUCAUUUCUGUUGUUAGCCUUUUUUCCAUCGUUUUCGGUCUUACAAAGUCCGUUUUUUAACGAGGCUAAGCCGCAGUUAGCACCACCGAAACCGAAGACACGUAUUUCGGCGUAAUUAUUAAUAACCGUCAUAAUCGCAAUAAAUACGAUAAACGUAAAUCCGCGCCGACUGUCAUCGCGUCGUUCAUUAUCGUCUCCGCACAAGAGCUCCAUCACCGUCGUCCGCAUGUCCCGCCGAAAGCAAUCUAGACCGGUCAAGGUCCUCGAGGAUGGGUCAGAGGAAGAGUGCAUCAGCGGUGUCUCUCACGGAGAACCAGGUGCGGCUGUCGUUGUCAACGGGCACCACGUAUCUACGUCCACACGUCGAUUUGACGACGGUGCGACAUCGAUGACUUCGGACGAUGAAGACGACGAAGAGAACGGGCCGAUGCACGGCGAAAAGUUGCCGAGAAAGUUGUCGAACACGUGCAGGCAAUGCGCCAUGGGAUUUCUGAGCUUUUCCGAACUUUCGGAGCACAACAAGACGUGCGUGCUGCGCACCGGCGUCGCGAACAACGCGGCCACGUCCGACGAUUUCGACCCUCGAAACGAUCACGACGAUACCGAUGACAUCGAAGACGACGACGAAGCGGACGACGACGAGGACGUCGUCGACGACUUGGACGACAUGGACGACAUGGACGAUUAUCACCGUCACGGGCACCACUACAACGCGGCCGGUUUGCAGGCGAUGGCCGUGGCCGAUCUGAGGAGCGGCCGUCACAACAUUAACAACAACAACAACAAUAACAACAACAACCACAAUAAGGCUCACGAAGAGCAGCGCAGACAGCGUCAGGACGCGGAGAACAACAACCGCCGGUACGGCGGCGGCGGCCUGCCAGAUUCCGUCGUCGGCGGCGACGACAUGGCAGUGGCCGGCGGUGGGAUUUCCGGCGCCGACGACCCGUCCGCAAUGGUGGCCGCCGGAUUUCCGUUCGCCGCCUACCAAGCGGCCGUGCAGGCGGCUGCCGCCGCGGCCGACGGGCCCGCGCUCCAGCAGCAGCAGCAGCAGCAGGCUGCGGCCGCCGGUCACCACGUGACGCUCGAGGCGCUGCAACACACCAAAGUGGCCGUGGCGCAAUUCGCGGCCACCGCGAUGGCCGUCAACAACGGCGCCGUCAGCAACCAGAACGUGCUGCAAGACUUGGCCAUCGUCAACUCGUCGCUGUUCACGUUGCAACACCAGCAGAUGAUGCAGCUGAGCCUCAUCCAACAGCUCCGCCAACAGUUGCAGAUAAGCCGCCGGUGCGGCGGCGGUACCGGGAGCGUCGACGGCACCCUGUCCGUGUCGCCGCCACUGCUCAGCGACGGCAACGACGACGGCGCCGCUGUCAUGUCGGCCGCCAUGGCUGCGGCGGCGGCGUCCGCGUCGCCCAACGAAUUACCCAUGUCGCUGUUGGCCAUAUCGCGGAACGGCGCCGAAAUGUUACACCAAAUGGUCCAACAGCAGCACCAUCAGGCCGGACGGUCGUCGCCACUGCCCCCGCCCGCCCCGCAACAGCUGUUGCCCGCAGUCACGCCGCUCUCCAUCCCGGUCCCCGUGCCCAUGUCCAUGUCUGCACAACAGUCGACCGGCGACUGCACCACGCAAACGCCACUGCUCCAGCUCAGCCGAUCUCCGUCGCCGUGCGUCUCACGCUCGCCGACGCCCCCGCCCUCAUCGAUCAUGGCCAUAAUGAUGCCCGACCUCCAGUGCCCCGUCUCGUCGCCACUGCAAGCCUUGCAAGCGUCCGCGGCACAAACUCCGCAGCCGCCUCCGCCGUCGCAACCACUCGCGUCGAACGCCUCCAAGAUCGCGAUUAUCGAGAGUGCAUCGCAGCCGCCAACCCCGGCGGCACCGGUCCAGUCUCAGCCUCAGCCGCCGCCGCAGCCGCCGUCGUCGUCAUCGACGUCGUUUUCACUGACGCCGUAUACUUCUUCGCCAAUCGUAACGCAUCAUCAUUCCAUCCCGUCGUGUUCCGUCUCGUCCGCGUUCGCAUCGUCCAUCAUCACCAACCUGGACCCAGAACCAUCGCCCAGCGAGCCCAACUCGCUGGAAAUGCUGCAGCGCCGCGCCCAAGAAGUGCUGGACAAGGCUAGCCAAGGGAUGUUGACCAACAAUCUCGCCGACGAGCUCUCGUUCAGGAAGUGUUCGGGCAGCGGUGGCAAGGGCAGUUCGCUGUCGCCGUACGACGGUAAAUCCGCCGGCGGCAGUGGCGGAAGCCGAGGCGACAACUUUUACAAGCACAGGUGCCGUUAUUGCGGCAAAGUGUUCGGCAGUGAUUCGGCUCUUCAGAUACACAUCAGAUCGCACACGGGCGAACGCCCGUUCAAAUGCAACGUUUGCGGUAGUCGGUUUACCACUAAGGGCAAUCUCAAAGUCCAUUUCCAGAGACACACGUCAAAAUUUCCCAAUGUUAAGAUGAACCCGUUACCGGUUCCCGAACACCUAGAUAGAGACUUCCCGGCUCUAAUGCCAUCGCACUUGAACCAGAGUCCACACCACCAGAACGGUUGCAACUCACAAAUGCCACCCAGCUCCACUGGCGCCGUUACACCACGGUCUCCGUUGUCUCAUCAGUUUUCCGUCGCUUCGUCCGCCUCGUCAUUCCCAACAGCUUUGUCCAAUCUAUUCCGACCAAGUGGCAGCCACCACGGCCAGCAACAACAGCAUCAGUCGUCCUCCACAGACAUAGCACUUCCGUCGAACAUACAAAUGCCUUCGCAACAACAACAGCAACCCGCCGAACAGUUAUUAAUGACAAACCAUCAUCAUCAACAUCAUCACCAACAACAACACAAUGUUCACCAACACAACCACAAGCAGCAGCAGCAGCAACAUCACUUGUCGAAUAAUCACUCGUCAUCGCUACAACUCUUUCAGUUCAAACGCGAACAAGAGCAACCCGAGAACUUGAGUAAACCCGCAAACGUUGGUUGCUCAUCACGUGAAUCGUCUAUUCCGUCUCCUCCGCCACUAUCCGAUUCCAGUAUGACACGCAACAACAAAGAUGACCCUACAUCCUCCGAGUACAUCGACGAUAUGGCCGUGGAUAUCGACUCGGCUGACGCCGAUGGACGUCAACACGAUAUUGAUGCCAACACUGACGAUUUUAGCGUCGAUACCAAGUACAGUGGCGAAGAGGAACGGACCAACAGCCCCACUAUGAAUGACGGGUUACAAGACCAACCUGAAAACCUGUCCAACAAAAGUGGUAGAGUAAUGAUGGCCAGCCCACCAAUUAUCACUUCGGACGAGUCAUUUUCGCCGAGGCCGACGUCGUCGUCUUCACGACACCACGGUUCCCGGGCCGGAUCUCCCGCAUCGAUGUCGUUCCACAACAGCAGAUACUCUCCACCUUGUGCCCUGGAUUUAACACCCAAACAGUCGGCAUUGACCACUACUGCCAAUCACAUUAUGUCCGCAUAUCUGCCACCGGCGUUCGCCGGACUCAUGUCAGGUUCCGCCAAUUCCACUGCCGGACUUCCGGGCCAUGGGCCAUCAUUCGGACCAUCCGCAGCUAGAGGAAAUACCACGUGCAACAUCUGUUUCAAAACGUUCGCGUGCCACUCUGCUCUCGAGAUCCACUACAGAAGCCAUACCAAAGAGCGACCAUUCAAAUGUACCGUGUGCGACCGAGGAUUCUCGACAAAGGGUAAUAUGAAACAGCACAUGCUCACGCAUAAGACUCGAGACAUGUCGUCGACGGGCGCCGGCGGAGGCAGCUCGUCGAACAACAUGUUCGACGGCAACAAUUCGACUAGCUGCGGUCACGACGACACGGCCAGCAACGCGAGCUCCGAGAGCCGGGACGCGGCCCAGCAUCAUCUCCAUCACCAGCAGCACCACCAGCACCACCAGCACCAGAUGCACCACCACCAACAGCAGAUCAUGCUGUUGAGCGUAGCAGCGCAAAACGCCGCAGCGGCCGCCGCCGCCGCCGUGGCCGCGGUCACGGGAUCGUCGGCUUCGUCCGGAACGGCGUCCGGCGGAGGAGGAACAGCAGUCGCGGGAACCGGAGGAACCGGGCCUCGGACUGCCCUGCCGCCUCCGCCGCCGCCUCCACCGCCACCGCCACCGCCACAGCAGCAGCAUGUCGUGUUGCAACAGCCCGCCAACGGUCUGAUGGCCGCGGCUUCCAGUGCCACGACCACGGCGUCGGCCAACGCGUCCACGUGCACCGGCCCGUCGUUGACCAGUACCGUCCAGUCCGUGGCCGACUUGUCCCCGCCACCGGUGCAACAACGCGCCGCAUCCGCUCAGACGCCGCCGUCGUCGUCGCAACCGCCGUCGACCAAUCCCUCGAUCCAGCCGGUGGUCACGCUGUCCGUGCCCGCCGUCGGCCAGCAGCAGCAACAGUACAGCGCCUCGGGCUCCGGUUCCAGAAAACCGCCAGCCGCUACCGAGGGGGGUCUGUCGUCUUCCUCGUCGUCGUCGCCGAAACGCUCGUUGGCCGAUCCCGACGCUGGCCUGCCGUCGGCCAAGAGACAACCAAGUUCGCCUAAACACUUGUGUCACGUGUGUAAUAAGAACUUCUCAUCGUCCUCCGCACUACAAAUUCACAUGAGGACCCACACGGGCGACAAGCCAUUUCGUUGCACGGUGUGCUUGAAAGCGUUCACGACAAAAGGAAAUCUCAAAGUGCACAUGGGAACGCACAUGUGGACAAAUGGAACGUCCAGGAGAGGACGGAGAAUGUCACUAGAGCUUCCGCCGUUACAAAUCGCUAACAAUGUCAAAGAAACAGACUUCCUCCAGCGGAGACCAGAAAUCUAUUAUCAUCCGUUUCUACCCAGUCCGUUUUUAAAUGGAAUCCAUCAACAAAAGAUCAACGAGAUAUCCGUAAUCCAGAACGUUAACAGCAACGUCAACAAUCGCAUUCUGAGUGGAUUCGGCAACUUCGGCAGUGGUAGUACGUUCCCGGGCGACAUGAUGAAACAGGAGUCGAGCAUUGCCGCCGACAAGCAGAACAACGUCAUGUCGUCGUCUUCGUCGCCACCAUCCCAUCACAUGAGGACACCACCGCUUUGGGAUCUACACUACGAUCGGCAAACGGCCGUCAACUUAAAGUCUGCCGACGACCAUCAGCUCAACAACUGCGCACCCCCAUCGCCACAAUCGUCUCCAAUAGCGCACACAAAUCACAUUUCUCAGAACCGCACUGAAGGUCUUGCCACAUAACAUUUACUCGACUAUUUGCGUUUUAACCGAUGAUAAAACUCAAAUCGCAUUAUACAUUUAUUUUUUUUUUUUUUAUUAUUUACUACCUAUUAUUAUUAAUAUUAUCA